ACGUGCAGAACUCGUCGACGCAGGCAGUGUUCCGGCGUCUCAUCAACACCGUCGUGUCCAGGGACUCGGAGGAGCUGUCGGCGCGACUGCGGCAACUGCUCAAGGAGCGUCUCGAGCCUCAACAACUCAAGGAGGCUGUGGUGAACAUCUUGGCGAACGUCAUAGAAAAGCUGCGAGUGUCCAAGUCCGAGUUAGAGAAAGAAGCGGAAGCCGCUAAGAGCAAGAAUGAUACCGAAGUCUUCGCUCUUCUUCAGGAAGAGGAGCUGGCCGUAGCACGCAUGCUUCGCCAGACCGUCAUGGCCGAGCGACUUGCUGGGGCUCUAGAAGCUCAUGUUCUUGCCAACAUGACGGAGAAAAUCAAGCCUUUACUGGCCGGUAUACUCGAAGGUGACGGAGGAGAACAAGGGGCUCUCACUGUACUCGAACUAGGGAAGGUCUCCUUAAUAGAAGGCCUAGGAGGGAAACAGAGCGUAAGUGGCAUGACUCCUGAGGUAGGAGAGACGACAGGGCAACAGGACUUCCCGAUUGUGGAGGAAAAAACAGAAGUAGAAACUUCAACCGAGGAAAAAAAUAUCAGCCAAAUUAGUGAAUAAAAAGUAUACACAUGAUCAGAUGGGAAUAAACAGUGAUCAAGAGCUUAAUAAACGCAAAAAAAUUAUUUCGUCCAAAUGAAUGCGAUUUUUCCUUGGGUCUUCGAUGGUAAUCUUGAUAACGAUCCGCACGCUUUAAGAAAGAUUUAUUUUAUUUGCACUGCUUGCUUCUAUAUCAAAGAAUAAUUUUGCUAUUUAUUGCAAAUUUAUUUACAAUGUUUACGCAAUAACAAUGAUACGUUAAUAAAAUUAUAUCAAAUUUUAAAUUGAACGUUUUUUAGCAAUGAAAACAUUGAACGCCUUAUUAGCAUUGAACCUUAUUGAUUGUAAAAAUAUUCAACGGUUGUUAGCGACCAUGGAGCUACUGUAUUGGAAAAUUAUUUUAAUCCUGAAUAACGUCCAUUCUUUCUUCAGAUUACAAAUAAAUUUUGCGUGCCUACA